CUCACCAGUCGCUUUGUAAUUCUAUAUCAAAUACCAAAUUGAAUUUUAAAUCUCAUGCACACUCUGGAUCAUUUCAAAGAGAACCAAUCAAAAUGUCUAAAAUUAAUGCCUUAACAUGUGUGGGUCAAAAUGACAUUUGCUCUCUGCGUAUUCUGUGUACCAUGACUCGUGAUAAGAAACAUGAGCUGGAAGAGGUGGACAAGUAUGGCAAUACAGCAUUGCUAAAAGCAUGUUACAUGGGUAAUUUAGAGGCGGUUAUAACCCUUUUGCAAUUUGGAGCAAAUGUCAAGGCAGUUAAUCAUUAUGGACAAAAUGCUUUGACAUUGGCCACGUUUGCAGGCAACAUUGAUAUAAUCCGUGAAUUGUUGCGUUAUUGUACUUACAAGGAUUUUAAUAACAGUGCUCUAACUCCAGCGCUGUGCGUUGCCACUAUGCAUCAGAAAUGGGCAUUAAUAACACUUUUCAAAGAACUAGAGGAUCACAGCAGUGAGGAUAUACAGACAGUUCAUGGUUUAAACUGUGAUGACAUUAGAGCGUUAUUUAAACCACCUAAGCCGGUGCCUCAAAAACUUCAUAAAUCCAUGCACUUGUAAAUUCAUGGCAAUGUUGGGAAUUGAAAAAACGUCUGACCAUUAUCUAUACUACAUGUCAUGUGUUUUUUUGUGUGAUUUAAAACUUUAAUUGUGUAAAACUACCUAUUUUUUAUUUAAAUAAAAUUAUUAAUGCUUCCUUAA